AUGAAUACUCAAUUCACUCCAUUUCCAAGAUGUCAGAAUGGGAACUCAAAUCAACAAACUCAACAACCACUAAACCAUCCACAUACACCUGGGCUACAGUGGACAAGACCUCCAAUAUGGACUAAACCACCACAAUACCAAGCACCUAUUGGACAGGAUAGACCACAGAAUGAGAACUUUCCUCAACAGGCACUAAACAAUCCACAGAUACCUGGUGUACAAUAUACAAGACCUCCAAUGUGGACUAGACCACAACCCUAUCAAACACCUAUGGGAUUGGUAUUCGCCCCAUAUGCUCCUCAUAUGCAACAACAAAAAACACACAUAAGCUAUGAUACAAGGCAUAAAAAUGUUCAACCACCUCGCCAAAGAGUAAAUACCGAAACGCAAGGACAAAAACGGUCCAGAAUGCAAAGAAAUCAUCAAAAACUGGCGAAAACCACUAACACCAACAGUGAACAAGUUUACAAGCAACAAACUCUCCAUCAAGUGCAAGAAAAUCAGGAGCCAAACCAAAAUUCUCAUCAAAAUCUGGUACAAACUCCAGAAUCAAAUCAGGCUAACACCCAAAUAAGGGAUGGACAUGUACAUGUAUGUACAGAACAUGAUAUGGACACAUCUCAUAGUACAUGUAAGCCAGAUAUUCCACCGUCUAGAAGUAAAUUACAUCAUAGAAGUAUUUCGGAACCAGCCUUAAAUAAUGAACAAAUAAACUCAAACAAGCCUUUUUUAGGAGCAGGCAGAGCCUCAUCAGUAAACUGGACAAUAAACCACAUGAAUUUAUAA